AUGGAUACGAGCGAGCACGAAGCAGAGCCAUGCCACUUCCUCCGCCUGCCCACCGAGCUCCGCCUGCAAAUCUACGCCUAUGCGCUGCACGAGCAUCCAUAUAUCACCAUUGGCAGCGCCCAGCUAGUAGGCAGACACGCCGACAUCGUCCAUAAACUCUACGCCGACGAACGCACCCCCCACCCCGGCCUCCCCGACAACUCCAUCCCCCUCCUCGAACCCACCUACUCCCCCUCCCUCCUCAGCCUCACCACACCCCCCACACUCUCCGCCUCCAGCCCCUCGUCCCCCACCACAGCCGCCCCGCACAUCUCCCUCGCCAGCCUCCACCUCCUCUGCCGCCAAACCCACCACGACCUCCUAACCCACUUCUCCGGCCCCGAAGCCCACCACACCCGCCUCUUCCUCUCCUACCCCAACGGCCUAAACAUCCUGCGCACCCUCCCCGGAACCUCCAACCUCCUCGCUCAGACCCGCAGUCUGCACAUCGCAGGCGCCUACCGGCCGCACAACUUCUCCGCCUCGCGCGCCGCGACGCUGGGAAGCACGACGCAUCCGCCGUUCGUCGACGAGCACUUUCACGGCGGCUGGAGCCCGAACUCCGCUGGCCAACUCUCGGCGCUGAUCGCCGGGCUCUUCGGGCCUAAACCGACGCACCCGGGGUUGACGAAACUCGAAUUGAGGAUCUACUACCCGGGCUCAGACAGCUACAGCGUCGUGUGGGGCGACGAUGACUCCCCGACCGUGAUCGCGUUGCGGAACGUGUUUGAUGGGGAGAUAAAUGUGGAAGUGUGGCGGGGACAGAGGGGGACGGGGGUGUAUGUGAAUGUCACGAGGGAUGAGGCGGGGCAGAGGAAGGAGGGGGAGCGGCCGAAGAGGGUUGUAAGUACGGUUUGGAGGCGGUUGGAGGAGGGCGGGAGGGGCGAGCCGGCGGUGGGCACGUGGGUUGUUGAUGAGCGGUGGCCGGAGUGUGAGUAUGAGGGGGUAAGGGCGGUGGAGUUGGGGGAGGGGGUUGUUGUGAGGGAGGGGUGA